CAGGUACUAGCCAGUAAGCAACAGGAAUCAGCUCUUUCAUAGGAUAUGGCUACCUUCUUCUCUGACCUGGUUCAGUUCCGGGGACUAUUUCAAAUGAUCUUGGUGCUGGGAAUUGGUGGUAGUUUCCCAUAUGGAUUCCACAUUUCUGUCAUCAACUAUCCUUCUGUGCACAUCAGGAAGUUUAUUAAUGAAACCUGGAUAGAGCGACAUGGCUCUCCCCUCCAUCCUGAGACAAUCAUGCUGUUGUGGUCCUUCAUUGUGUCUGUUUAUGGGAUAGGAGGAUUCCUGGGGAGCAUCUGCUGUGGCUACCUGACUACAAAAUACAGGAAAAAAAAGUGCCAAAUGUGCACCAACCUGAUCAUGCUGGUAGCUGCACUUUUCAUGGCCUUCAGUAAAACAGCCAAAUCCUUUGAGAUGAUUCUGGUCGGACGCUUUCUCUAUGGCAUUGGUACAGGUUUUUCUCUCAACAUACAUCCUCAGUAUGUAGGAGAGAUUUCACCCAAGAAGUUGCGUGGAUUUACCAACUCCACAGUUGCUGUUUUUCUGACACUGGGAAAAGUCACAGGACAGGUUAUUGGACUACGGGAGAUUUUAGGAAGCGAAGCUUUGUGGCCAUGGUUAUUAGCAUCUAGUGGACUUUCAGCAUUGGUUCAACUGGUUACCCUCCCAUUUUUCCCUGAUUCACCAUCCUACCUCCUGAUACAGAAGGGUAAUGAGGAAGCCUGCAGGAAAGCCAUCAGGAAGCUCUGGGGGGAAGGGGACCAUCAAGCAGAAAUUGAUGACAUUAUGAAGGAGAAGGUUACAAUGACAAGCACAAAAACCUUGCGUGUCCUCGAAGUAAUAAAAGAGCGAUCUUUGCGCUGGCAACUUUACAUUUUGAUGACUGUCAUGACCACCUUGCAGCUCUGUGGAAUCAAUGCAAUAUACUUCUAUUCUUUUGAAGUAUUCCACACAGCCAAGUUUGAAGAAUACCUUAUCCCAUACGUGUCCCUGGGAGUUGGGUUGUGUGAAUGCUUAUCCUCUAUACUGUGUAGCACCCUUAUAGACCGAUUUGGGAGGAAGGUGCUGCUAUGGGGAGGAUACACGCUGAUGUGUUCUGUGCUAGCACUCCUUACCAUGACCCUGUCACUGCAGCAUCAGUUUUUCUGGAUGCACUACUUCAGUGUUAUCUUGAUCUUCCUGUUCGUUGUCUUCUAUGGAAUUGGACCGUCUGGAGCCACUAUAUCUAUCAUGGUUGAAAUCUUCAGCCAGUCAUUCAGACCAUCAGCCUUUCUGAUUGUUGGCUGCAUCAACUGGAUGGGACUGUUUGUACUUGGGAUGAUUUUUCCACUGAUUGUUGAUAACCUUGGACCCUUCUGCUUCCUUAUCUUUUUGGGAAUCCUUGCUUUAUCAGCAAUUUUCAUCUACCUGUAUCUCCCUGAGACCAAGGGAAAGUCAAUCAUGGAAAUAAAAGCAGAGUUCAACAAGCUGAAUUUUGGGAAAAAAGAAACCUCAGUCACUGAAAAUAGCUUUCCUAAGGAACAGUUGUUCUGCACUAAACUCUGAACGUCCAGAGCAGAAAUUUGCAUCUCUUAGGAAAGACAGGAAACAAUGUUGCAAUAGAACUAAACAGGAAACAUUAAAAAACAGACUGCAAGGUCUUCUGUCUCUUAUUCCCUUUUUCUUUUUUUUUUAAUAUUGAUAAGAAAUUCAUUAUGCUACUGUUUUAUUUCUUGCUGUUAUCUAAAUAUUUUCACAGGAAAUUUCAUCACUCCAUUUUAAGACCUACUGGAUAUAAUGAGAUUUUUUCUAAAAAAGCCCCCAACCUUUUAUGCUAGUCUACCUUAUAAAGUUUUAAAACAUUUUGUUAGCAGUUCAUAGGGCCCAAAUCCUGCUAGAAGAACAUACAUACAGGCUCUGCUCACAUCCCUGGACCCACAACCCUGGGCCUCAGUUGGUCUCUCUUGUUCCCAGGAGUCCUGUCCAAUGUCACAGGUACCUGAAUGGUUUGUUAUUAAGCUUUCCUAAAUGAGACCUCACUAGCUCUAAGCACCUCAUAAUCAGGAAACUGCUGACAAAUAGCUCAGAGUAUCAGAAAUAUGAAGGAACAAAUGAAAUAAUUUAAGACAAACCAAGGGAAGGAAGGAUUAAGACAUCUAAAUGAUCAUCAGUCAUGAGGCUGGGGAAACAUAGAAGUCUAAAAUAUUUGACUAGCAGCCUGCCAGAGGAAAAGCUAGAUACAUGGUUUAGGGUGACCCGAGCAGAUACAGAUUCACAAGAUAGCACAGUAAAUUAGGAAAAAAGUUUCCAGCCAUAAUAACAGAAAAAAAUAUUGAAGGUGAAAUUGUAUUGUGCAACAAUCCUUCUGGAGAUGUAAUGGAAAUCUGAGUGGAGAACAUCACAGUAACUCUGGACAGGGAGAAGGACCUGCCAAACAGAGAUAUUAUUGUAUGCAAAAGAAGUAAAAUGGCUGGUAUA